AUCCUGAAGUCACCCUGUGCAUGUCCAGGUGGCUGCAAUAAGCCCAGUAAUGCCACCUGUCAGCAGGUGGACAACUGCAGCUGUAACAUGACAGAUGGGAGCGGCAUGGUGGAUCUGCACAGGCUGGGGAGGAAGGACGGACCUGCGUUUCGUGACAUCCUGAGUCCCAGUGAGUUCUCGGACUUCUACUCCUACAACCCCUGUUACCCCUUCUCGCUGGGGUCAUGUCGGGAUGCAGCGGCCUGCGUUAGUACGCAAACACACGGCGUACACAUGGAGAACUCCCUCGGGAGUCAGGACAGGGCAGCGUUCGUCAACAUUGGCUCAAACCUGUACAUUGCGUAUGGAACAGACAGGAACGACUCUAAAGGACUCCUAUCUUUAGUCCAGCUGGUGUGUGAUCGACAUCAGGAGUCCUUUGAAGCCCAGGGACCAAACCCACAGAUUACGGGACAGUAUCUCUUCACCCUAAGAAGUCCCUGUGCCUGUCCCGGGAUGUGUGAAACACCUGUAACAGCCCCACCCCCUCAUACCACAGCCCCCCUCACACCCGUCACUGUGCCACCCCCUACCCCCAACACCACCAGGCCAGCCCAGGCAGACUGUGUACAGUAUAGCAACUGUGCCUGCAUGUUCCAGAACAGGUCCUACAUUGACUUAACAAACCUGGAGCAAACUUCAGGGGAGCCACUGUUCAAAGACCACCACCUGUCCCCACCCCGACAUGAAGAUGGUUUUUACUACUCCUUCAACCCCUGUGUUCCCUUUACUGAGGGGAAAUGUGAGGAUGUGGCAGUUUGCAGAAGGAGCUCCCUGAAUGGGUCAGAGGUCAGUCUGGGGAAGCAGGACUCCUCUACAUUUGCAACAGCCAAUGACAACGGCCCUGUGUCCAUCGUGUAUGCCUCUGAGGACAGGACGUCCAUUGUGAGUCUACGCUGUACAGAAGGGAAACGAAACCGGCUCAUUGUGCUUGGUGCAGACCCAAAUGUGCCCAAUACUUAUGAGUUUAUACUGGAGAGUCCUCAAUGUUGUUUGCACAAAGGUGGAACUACAGCGGUGAGGGGGAGUCUGAUGUGGACUAUUUGUGCCUUAACAUUGCUGUUGGUGAAUAGAUGGAGAUGAGACCUGUUCAAGACCUUGCCAUAUUAAAUCUGAAGCACUAUUCUGUCAAAUUCAAUGGACAAUGGCGACCAUUCGAAUCUGAAAUUGUUUGAGGAACAUGGUGUGAUAGGAUGAAGCCAUAAAUAUUCUUUCCACAAUCUUUUCUAUCAAAAACUGAUGACUCAAACUUGAUGUUUAAAAAUAAAGUCGUGAUAAGAAGUACAAGUUGAUACAAUGUAAGCCUGUCCGUUUAUUGUAUGAUGUAAGUCUAGAG